UAAACAAAAGAAAUAUUAUGCUACACAAAGACAACAACAUCGUAGAUUACUGCAAGGAAAAUCUUUAUUAUGGUCUACAUGUUUCGCCACUUACGGUGGCGUCUUCAGGACAAUUUAAACAUAGAAAACAAAUACUGAAGUACAUAAAAUGCGGUGCAUAUGGGGUUACAAAGGUUAACAAGACGUAACGUCACAAUAAUUAAUUUGACAACGUUAAAAUGAAAGUGAAAGUAAAAGUUAAUAAUGAUCGAAUUGUCAGUGUCUUUUCCAAAAUGGACAACACCUCACAGGACAUUCCGUACCAUUCCAAAAGGCUUCACUCGGAAAGAGGUACUACUUCCAAUUGCGUCGGGAAUGUUGUAAGAUGUAUGGUAGUCGCACAUGUAGGGCAUGGUGGAAGUUGUGGUGAAUUGGUUACAUUUUGCGGUUGUGGUACACUAUCCAUGUUGCAAGUUUAUUUCAACAAUAAUUGUGCGGUUCUGCGGUUCAGUACGUUUUGCGGUGGUCUUCUUUUGAUUUUGAGUGGUAGUAAUUCAUUUGUUGACUUUCUAGAAUAAUUCGGCAAUCUCGGAAGGGGUCGAUAUUGUCAAUGCGGUGUGGUUGUCAAAUACAACGCGGGUUUGGCAAAGGUGGAUCGUCUAGAUGCAGGGGUUCACAAAAAAAUAAUAGGUUGCAUCGAGUGAACCAACACCUUCUAACGGUACAGGCUGAUAGAGAGUAAUCAGGAUGGAUACCCGGAGGUAUGCUGCGGUUGUCUUAAAACCUCAGGAAAAUAAUGCUACACAAAGACAACAACAUCGUAGAUUACUGCAAGGAAAAUCUUUAUUAUGGUCUACAUGUUUCGCCACUUACGGUGGCGUCUUCAGAAAUGCGGUGCAUAUGGGGUUACAAAGGUUAACAAGACGUAACGUCACAAUAAUUAAUUUGACAACGUUAAAAUGAAAGUGAAAGUAAAAGUUAAUAAUGAAUUGUCAGUGUCUUUUCCAAAAUGGACCACACCUCACAGGACAAAGACAUAUUAAUGGAACUCUUUAUAAAAGAAGUUAACUAGAGGCUCAUCAGAAGCUGGCUUCCUCCACCAAUAAAAAUGACUGCCACAAUAUAGCCAAUAUUUAGUGCUGAAAGUGGAGUUAAUGGCCUUUAAUCAAAGGCCUUUGGAAUGAUUUUUUGUGUACAUGUAUUAUCAGACUAGAAUACAAAAGAUAAUUGUAAUUUACUUGUGAGAUGUAAUACUGACUAUUUAUUAUGACAGACACUGAUUUUAGAGUUGCAUUACUGGCAGGUGCUGCUGCUGGGACCUCAGUGGAUGUGUCACUGUUUCCACUGGAUACAAUCAAGACACGUUUACAGAGUCAUGCUGGUUUUUGGAAAUCUGGCGGAUUCCGUGGAAUAUACUCUGGUUUACUGUCUGUUACUAUUGGUUCUGCUCCUACAGCUGCAGUAUUUUUCUGUACGUAUGAGACCACGAAGAAUUUUGCUUCUAGUGUUGGAUUAAGUAAAUCAUUUCCAAUAGUACAUAUGGCUGGUGCUUCAUUUGGUGAAGUGACUUGCUGUUUGAUAAGAGUCCCAGUUGAAGUCAUAAAACAGAGAGCUCAGGUUUUCACAAAUACGUCAUCAUACAGUGUUCUUAGAAAUACCUUACAGUCUGAAGGUUUUAGAGGCCUUUAUAGGGGUUACCUGAGUACAGUUAUAAGAGAGGUUCCUUUUUCUUUUAUGCAAUUUCCAAUGUGGGAAUACUUUAAGAUACUGUGGUCAAGAGAACAAGGAAAACCAGUAGAUCCUUGGCAGUCUUCUGUAUGUGGAGCAGUUGCAGGUUCUAUUGCCUCAGGUAUAACAACACCUUUAGAUGUUGCUAAAACCAGGAUUAUGUUAGCAGAAAAAAAUAGUGCACUUGCAUCUGGCAGUAUACCACAUGCUAUAAAGAUCAUAUUUUUAGAAAAAGGAGUCAAAGGAUUAUUUGCUGGGAUCAUUCCAAGAGUAAUAUGGAUAUCUAUAGGUGGUGCUAUAUUCCUAGGUGUUUAUGAAAAAGUUAAAUUAAUUUGUAACAAACAUUUUACUGAAAAAGGAUAUUUAUGACAAAAAGUUGAGUCCGUUUUAUCUUUUGACAAGAGAAAGGCAGUCUGUAAUUUACCUCCAUCUUGCCAGUAUAUUUUAGAGUGCACAUUUCUAACGAAUCAUUAGAUUAUUUUUGGUGUGAUAUAGAAAUAUGAUAUAUGUAUAUGUUACAGUACAAACUGGAACUCAGUAGUAUCCAGUAUCCUCCUAGUAGAAAUUGGAAUUCCAAUAUUUACUGGUAGAAAAUGGAAAAUUAAGAUUUGUACUUUGGGGAUUCUGGAUUGUAAUAAAUUCUAGUAGUAUCAAGGAUAUUACUAAAAACUAUAGAUUUCAUUGUGUAAAUCACUUUCUCCUGCAUCAUUAAUAUGUUUUCGGUUAUACAAAAUGGUUAAAUCAUAUCACCAUUGCGAUAUGUUAUUUCAAAAUAUAAAGUACUGGAAAAUUGUAAAUGAUGCAUCAACUUAUUACCUUUCCUGGAGCAGUUUUGAGCGGUAGGUUUUCGUCAAGGGGAAUCACUCAGGUCAUACUUUUUUAUAAACAAAAUAUUUUUUCACUAUAAGUAACUAAUAGAAAUGGUUUCACAAUGACAAAGUCAAUUAAGUGUAUUAUCAACUGCUAUGGCAACUGAAUGGUUAAUAUAGAAAUAAAAAUUCAUUAUUUAUUAAGUUAUAAAAGCUACAAUUAAAAAACAAGGAACCCCCCCCCAAAAAAAAAAAAAAACAAAAAAAAUGACUAUAAUUCUGUUAUUUUGCAGAAUCUAGCAAAUUAACUUGUCAGGGUGUUUUGAAUCUAUGUAUACUUCAUAAAAAUGCAAAAAAAAAACAUUUUGACCUGGGUACCUCCAUAAGCCUGAAAAUCUCAUGGCUGGUCACAUAUUACAAAGUUUCCUUCUGUCAUAUGUCCAUUGUUUUUUACCUCAUUUCCAUGAAUCAGCGACCACUUGAAAAAAAAAAUUUUUCAUGUAAAUUUCUUACUUAUAAUGAGUAGUAGGAUAACUAUAUUUGGUAUAUGUGUUCCUUGAUGUUCAUCGGAAAGAGUUCACUUGACCUGGACCUCAUUUCAUGGAUCAGUGAUCAAGGUUAAAGUUACGUGAUUAGGUCUGUUUCUCAGAUGCUACAAGUAGUAGGUCAACUAUAUGUGGUAUAUGGAAUGAUUGUAAGGGUUACAUGUCAGUCUGGAAGGUUGACCUCAUUUUCAUGGUUCAUUGAUCAGUGUUCAGUUUUUAACUGGAUUUUCGAAAGAAAUAUCGGUUAUUAAAAUGGGGAUGUACGGCGGGCAGCUGGGCGGGCUGACGGGUGGCUGCCAAACAGUGUCAGCACAAUAACAUGAAAACGCUUUACCAAAUUUUUUUCAAAUUUAAAUAUGUUGUUUCCUGGGACUUAAUGAAGGUCUCGUUCAAUUUUCAAGAUUUUAGUAUAUCUCCUUUAAUUUGUGAGUUAUCGCCAUUUUUAAUAUCCAAAAGUGGAAUUUUUAAAUAUUUUACUCUUGUUAUCAUGUUAUGAUUUGUCUUAUCUCACAAUAAAAAUUGGAGUGACAGAUUUAUUUGAAAAUUAUCUAUUUCCUAAGUGGUAAUGAUUAUAAGCUAUAUCAUUAGACAUUUUGAAGAUUAUUACAUUAUUAAUUAUUAUAUAUGUAAUGUUAGAGUACUAUGUUAAACCAUAGUUCUGUUCAGUUAGAUCUGGGAAACAUUUUAGCAUAUGAUAAUAAUUUAAUUUUUUUUAUUAUUAAUUAGAUCUGGGAAAUAUCUUAGCAUAUGAUAAUCAUUGAAGUGACAGAUUUAUUUGAAAAGUUUCUGUUUCCUGAUAGAUAAGAUCUGUAGGACUGUAUAUAUAAAGUUUGAAAUUUACUAGAAGGACUGUAUAAAUGAAGUUUGAAAUUUACUGUUAAUUAUUAGACAUUUUGUAGAUAAUUAAGUCUCCCUAAAUCUUGUAUAUUCUUACCCCCACCCCCCUUCAAUUUGAGAAUGUGCUUUUAUCUUGUAAACGGUCGAGAUCCCCACCCCUAAACCAUAUAUAUUCUUGCAUGGGACAAUAAAACAAAUCAAAUUAAAUAAAAGACAAGUCCCCUGGGGUCAACCCCACCCCCUUCUGUCUGAGAACUUGUAAAUGGUUGAGAUCCCCACCCUAAACCAUAUAUAUUCUUGUAUGGGACAAUAAAACGAAUCAAAUGAAAUAUAGGGGAAGUCCAGAGAGGUCAUCCCCACACCCCUUCUAUUUGUAUACUUGUAAACGGUCAAUGAUCCCACCGGGAAACCAUAUAUAUUCUUGUAUGGGACAAUAAAACAAAUCAAAUGAAAUAAAAGGCGAGUCCCCUGGGGUUAACCCCACCCCCUCCUGUUUAAGAACUUGUAAACGGUCGAGAUCCCCAUCCCUAAACCAUAUAUAUUCUUGUAUGGGACAAUAAAACAAAUCAAAUGAAAUAUAGGAGAAGUCCAUCAGGGUAACCCCCAUCCCCCUUCUUUUUGAUAACUUGUUAAUGGUCAAGAUCCCCACCCAGAAACCAUAUAUAUUCUUGUAUGGGACAAUAAAAUAAAACAAAUCAAAUGAAAUAUAGGGGUAGUCCAUGGGGGUAACCCCCACCCCCCUUCUUUUUGAAAACUUGUAAACAGUCGAGAUCCCCACCCCUAAACCAUAUAUAUUCUUGUAUGGGACAAUUAAACAAAUCAAAUGAAAUUUAGGGGAAGUUCCCCGGGGAAACCCCCACCCCCUUCUUUUUGAUAACUUGUAAACGGUCAAGAUCCCCACCCCGAAACCAUAUAUAUUCUUGUAUGGGACAAUAAAAUAAAUCAAAUGAAAUGCGAGUCCCCUAGGGUCACCUCCAUCCCCUCCUGUUUAAGAACUUGUAAACGGUCGCGAUCCCCACCCCUAAACCAUAUAUAUUCUUGUAUGGGACAAAAAAACAAAUCAUAUGAAAUUUAGGGGGAGUCCACUGGGGAUCACACCCCCCCUUUUGAGAACUUGUAAACGGUCGAGAUCUCCACCCCUAAACAGCCAUAUAUAUUCCUGUUCGUCAUUUCAAGAAGAUUUGAAUGACAUACAGGGUCAAUCCAUAGGCGUCACUUGUGCAUAUCACAAACCAAUUUGUACUGGACUUUGGCCAAUGUCAGGUGACCAUGGGAAUGACGAAUUAUUGGAGCUUUGUUUGGGAGACUUCGUAACAGCAUCCUGUUACAAUUCGAGGGUUCAGAGCUAAAAGGUGUUAUCUGCAUAUUUCAUAGUUUUGAGAAAGUCGAGUUUAAAGGUUUAUCAAAUUAUCAAAAAUCAGUUUGUCAUUUAUAUGAUCUAUAAAUUGGUCAAAUAUGAGAUAAUGUUGGUGUGUGUAAUUUGUCAAAAGUUUGGAAUGAUUAAGUAAGUAUAAAUAGGAUAAAAGUAGGUCAAUGCAGAUAGCCCCUUUUUGCUAUUGACAAAGGUGACAAAAAUUUAGAGCAAAAAGGUGCUAUCUGCCAUAUAGCACCUUUUUGCUCAACAUUUUUUCUGUUUAAUCAUGUAAGUGUUUUAAAUAUGAUCAAUCUAUUAUUGCUUAAGUUAGGUUUUUGACAAUUUUUUGGAUUAUAUUUAUACUGACGGAAGUGUUUCACUAAUUUGUAAUAAAAUAUGCCCUAUUCUACAGUCAGUACAAGCAAAAAAAAGUGAAUAUAAUUAAAUAUUGUGUUUGGUUUAUUCUGUAUUUCAUUUAAGAUUUUAACAGUAUAGUUUUGUCAGUUAAAUUUGAUGAAUAAUGUUGAUUUUUUAUUUAGAUUUUGUAUGACAUUGACCUGACAAUAGUCUGAGCAUUCAGAGAUUUUUUUCUGGUACCUUUUGUCAGUCGGCUUUUUGUAAUUAAAAACAAAACUGAAUAGAACAUGAUUUAUCAUUUGUUACAAGGAUACAACAUUAAACUUUUGAUUUGAAUUAAAUGUUGUCUAUUAAAUCUUCUUCUGUAAUGUCUGGCUCUGGCAAGAUGUCCUUCACUAAUUUUCCAACCGGAAGACUUUCAUAGUACGAGUGAUAUGUAGUUGGGAUAACCCCGCUCUUGCACAAUGAUAGGAGAUCUGCUUUCUUUGCAGCAGAAAUUUGUAGUUUAGACUCAUACAAAGGUGACAGUUUAAUAUUUUCAGUCUUCUUUUUUUCUUCCUCUUAAACUACUUGACUGGAACUUAGCUUCCAUAAAAUUCUCAGGAUCAAAGCCGUUGUUAAAAAAUACACUUCCUGGAUUUUCUUUCGUUACCCGAAUCCACUUGACUUUCAGCCAAUUUAUUGUUUCUCCCGAAACUGUUCUUUUCAAAUUGAUGUUAAAGUCGGUUUUUAAGCCUUUUAGGUCAUAAAAAUCUCUAUAGUUUACUGGAAUAACUAUAUAAGGAUUUCUCUUCCUCGCCAUUGACAUGACAGUGUCCCACUGUGACGGAUGGUUUACCUUUGUACUUUUUUUUGCUCUCUCCACUGACGAGUGUAUGGAGUCGGCUUCCAUAUCCGAAUGACCCCUUUCAAAAAACUUGUGAUUAAUUGCUUUUAAGUUUGAAUGAAAAUGUAAGGCAUACAGCAAUGCAGAGGCCACAAACUGGUUCCUGUUUUGACCACCACAAGUAUCUGAAAAGUAUGUAAUUUCUUAAACAGCGGUAUUUUUUUUCCGCUAUUGAGUUGAUGUGCAUUAGUAUGCAAGAUCCAAUGUCACUUGAAUCCCUUCCGCCAUUCGUCUGGUCCCACAAAAAACAUGUGCCUUUACUAUACCCAAGUGAAUAAAAUGACAGGUUGUAUGUUGACAGACGUCUUUUAUAAAAAAGAUCCCCAACCAUGCUACAAGGUGUUGGUAGCACUGCCUCCAAGUCGAAGGUAACUGCAGCGAAAGAUCUAUCUGUCUUUGCUCUUUCCUUGUCGAGUCUUUUUUCCUCUCUUGAUUUCUCUUUCUUCGUUUGGUGUUCUUGAAAUUGUUCUUCGUCUUCCUUUGUAAUUUCACCUCUUUGUUUCUUCUCAUAAUAGAUAGUACAUGUUGAACACUGGUCCUUUUUGUCGAGCCUGCGACUUUUGUCGCAAAAGCGAGACAUAGCGAUCCUACAUUCCGUCGGCGUCGUCGUCCACAAAUAUUCACUCUGUGGUUAAAGUUUUUCAAAUUUUAAUAACUUUCUUAAACUAUCCUGCAUUUCAACCAAACUUGGACAGAAGCUUGUUUAUGAUCAUAAGAUAGUAUCCAGAAGUAAAUUUUGUAAAAAAUAAAAUCCUGUUUAUCCGUAUUUUACUCAUAAAUGGACUUAGUUUUUCUGCCAGUUAACAAUACAUUCACUCUGUGGUUAAAGUUUUUUCAAAUUUUAAUAACUUUCUUAAACUAUCCUAGAUUUGUACCAAACUUUCUUAAAAUAUCCUGGGUUUGUACCACACUUGGACAGAAGCUUGUUUGUGAUCAUAAGAUAGUAUUCAAAAGUAAAUUUGGUAAAAAAAAAAUCCUGUUUAUCCAUAUUUUACUUAUAAAUGGACUUAGUUUUUCUGUCAGUUAACAUUAAAUUCACUCUGUGGUUAAAGCUUUCAAAAUUUUAAUAACUUUCUUAAACUAUACUGGAUUUGUACCAAACUUGGACAGAAGCUUGUUUAUGAUCAAAAGCUAGUAUCUAGAAGGAAAUUUUGUAAAAAUUUAUUUCCUGUUUUUCCGUAUAUUACUUAUAAAUGGACUUAGUCUUAUUCCAGUUAACAUUAUGUACAGUCUGCAGUUAAAGUUUUUAAAACAUUUAUUAGAUUCAUAAACCUUCUUGGAUUUUUACCAAACUUGAACACUUCUUACAAUCAACAGAUAGUAUCUAGAGGAAAAUUUUUAAUAAUUUUUUCCCCAUUUUUGUUGAGCCUGUGACUAACAGCAAAAGUAGGCGAGACACUGGGUUCCUUAGGGUAUCUAGUUUAUAAAUUGUAUCGGAAAUUUUGAUCCAUCGACAAACAUGGCCGCCAUGGCUAAAAAUAGAACAUAGGGGUCAAAUGCAGUUUUUGGCUUAUAUCUCAAAAACUAAAGCUUUUAGAGCAAAUCUGACAUGGGGUAAAAUUGUUCAAUUGGUCAAGAUCUAUCAGCUCUGAUAUUUUCAGACGAAUCGAACAAUCCAUUGUUGGGUUGCUGCCACCGAAUUGGUAGUUUUAACAAAAUUUUGCAGUUUUUUGUUAUUAUUUUGAAUAUUAUUAUAGAUAUAUAUAAACUGUAAGCAGCAAUAAUGUUCAGCAAAGUAAGAUCUACAAAAAAGUUAAUGUGACCAUAAUUUUCAAUUGACCCGUUAAGGAGUUAUUGCCCUUUAAAGACAAUUUUACACAAUUUGUUCAUCAAGUUUGCUAACAUUUAAAAAUCUUCUCCUCUGAAACUACUGGGCCAAUUACCUUCAAACUUUAACUAAAUGUUCCUUAGGGUAUCUUGUUUAUAAAUUGUAUCCGAAGUUUGUACCCAUCGACAAACAUGGCUGCCAUGGCUAAAAAUAGAACAUAAGGGUCAAAUGCAGUUUUUGGCUUAUAUCUCAAAAACUAAAUCUUUUAGAGCAAAUGUGACAUAGGGUAAAUUGUUUAAUUGGUCAAGAUCUAUCGGCCCUGAAAUUAUCAGACGAAUCGAACAACCCAUUGUUGGGUUGCUGCCACCGAAUUGGUAGUUUUAACAAAAUUUUGCAGUUUUUUGUUAUUAUUUUGAAUAUCAUUAUAGAUAUAUAUAAACUGUAAGCAGCAAUAAUGUUUAGCAAAGUAAGAUCUACAAAAAAGUUAAUUUGACCAAAAUUGUCAAUUGACCCCUUAAGGAGUUAUUGCCCUUUAAAGACAAUUUUACACAAUUUGUUCAUCAAGUUUGCUAACAUUUAAAAAUCUUCUCCUCUGAAAUACAGGUGAGCAAUUCAGGCUCUUGAGAGCCUCUUGUAUAAAUUUCAGAUUUACCAUUUCCGAGUUUUGGGGUUUGAUUCAUUAAUAAAGGGGGGAUUUUCCAGUUUUCGGACAAUAACUCAAAAACAAUUUCACCAAUUUGCAUGAAACUUUUGUGAAUUGUUCAUAUCUAUUGGAGUGAGCUCCGUUUCGUUUUUUUAUAAAUUUCAGAUUUACUGUUUCAGAGUUUUGGGGUUUUAUUCAUUAAAAAAGGGGGGAUUUUCCAGUUUUUCGGAAAAUAACUCCAAAAAAUUUCACCAACUUGUAUGAAACUUUUGUGAAUUGUUCAUAUCUAUUGGCGUGAGCUCCCUUUCGUUAUUUAUAAAUUUCGGAUUUACCGUUUCCUAGUUUUGGGGUUUUAUUCAUUAAAAAAGGGGGGAUUUUCCAGUUUUCAGACAAUAACUCAAAAACAAUUUCACCAAUUUGUAAGAAACUUUGGUGAAUUGUUUAUUUCUAUUGACAUGAGCUCCAUUUCAAUUUUUAUAAAUUUCAGACUAUACGUUUCCGAUUAAUGUGGUUUUAUUCAUUACAAAAAGGGGGAUUUUCCAGUUUUCAGACAAUAACUCAAAAAUGCUUUCAGCAUUUUUUAUGAAACUUUGGUAAAUUGUUUAUAUCUAUUUUUGUAAGCUCCCUUUUGAUUUUUAUAAAUUUUCGAUUUUACGUUUCCGAGAUAUAUGAUUUUAUUUGUAUAUAGUCUGACAACAGAUUUACUAAGUAUUGUGCAACAGCACAGUGUAUUGCACAACAGCAAGAAAUCUUUCAUAUAACCAAUUUCAAGUUCUUUGACUACAUUUAUUCAGAAACCUAUAAUAUAUCAAAUAUUUAAUUACAAUCCAAAUUCAGACCUGUAUCAAGCUUGAAUAUUGUGUCCAUUUUUGCCCCUACUGUUCAGGGUUGGACCUCUGCGGGCAUAUCCAGCUGCGCUCAGCGAAGCAGUUUAUUAAGUUUUGGUCUGUUUUUCAAAUACUAUAAGCAAUAGAUCCAUAUGUAGAGUAUGAAAUGUUAGUAAAGUGUACAUGUCUGUCUUGCUUGGUUUUAUCUGACCUUGACCUCAUUUUCAAGGAUCAUUGAUAAUGUUAAGUUUAUGUGAUACUUGUAGUAAAACAUUUCCUUUAGGACUAUCAACAUAAAAUCAAUCAUGGUUAGUAAAACAGGUGAGACAUUUUAGCGUGUGCACUCUAGUUUAUCUAAGACUAUAUUUAAAAUGAUUCCUAUAACAUUCUGGUUUGGGUUAUAAUUGCUCACAAGUUUGUUGAAAUUGAAGUGUUUAACCAUAUAUAUAAAUUCAUAGGAAAUUGGCCUGGCCUUACCUUUUUUCUUUUUGAUUUAGACAAGUGUGAAUAAAAAUGAAGAAAAUUAAAAUAUUGUUUUUAUUGUGUAGUUUUUAAUAAUAGUAAUCAUCUAGUACAAAUCUGGAUAUCCCAAUUUUUACUAGUAGAUAUAAUUCUGAUUUGAACUGGAUUUUAAUAAGUAUUAAUCAGAAUUCCAAUUUCUGUUAGGAGGAUUCUAGAUUCUACUGAAUUCCAAUUUGCACUGAAACAUAUCUAUCUGAAAUACUUUGUAAUGUUCAGAAUUUAUUAUUCUGUUUUUUUUGUAUUAAAAUAGAAAAGGUGACUAGAGCAUAGUUAAACCAAUGUGUGUCAUUGUAAAAUACAA